AUGUCGUCACACCCGGAAUACAGUAAGCAUUUUUUGGACUGUCGCUUCCGUUAAAUACAGGAUUUACAUGACAGCGGACAGCAUGCAGAUUAAGCAUGCUGAUUUGAAAUUAAGAAUAUUAAAUUUAUAACAUGGAUCAAUUUGCACACUAAUAAUCAGUUGGUCAAUAACUUAAAUACAGCGGGUUAGAGAACAAAUAUGUCCUCGUCCCAGAAAGACUCAGCAGCCUCCGACUCACCUGCUUUUGACGGUUUUCCUUUUGCGGUGGCCGGUAGAACGGAAGACAACUCGAGCGGGGAGCAGCAGCAGCCAACUGGGGUGAAAAAGAAGCCGUGUCGCACUUGUACGGACUUUAAAUCAUGGAUGAAGACACAGAAGCAGCAGACGACAGCUGCUACUAUGCAGGAACCCCAAGCUGAGCCACAAGAGUGCCCACUGGACAGACAAGAGUUGGGACAUAACACUUGGUCCUUUCUGCACACCAUGGCUGCAUAUUAUCCCGAUAAACCGUCCACCGACCAGCAACAAGAGAUGGGCCAGUUCAUUAACCUCUUCUCCAAAUUCUUCCCCUGUGAUGAAUGUGCAGAAGACCUUAGGAACAGAUUAAAAACCAAUCAACCGGACACCAGGAGCCGCCACGCUCUGUCCCAGUGGUUCUGUCGACUCCAUAACAACAUCAACGUGCGUCUGGGCAAGCCCGAGUUCGAUUGCUCCCGAGUUGAUGAGAGGUGGAAGGAUGGAUGGAAAGACGGUUCCUGCGACUGAGAGAAGGCCUUGCAGAACUUUUGAGUGUCUGCGAUGGAACAACAUCACGUGAUAGGAUGAAUGAAAUUUUCAGGGAUUUUCCUGUUUUGCUCUCAUUUAAUGUUUUUGUUGCUGAUAACAAAAUUAAGGGUACAAACACAUCAUGUUCCGGACCAACCUUCAUACUGAAACAUUUGGACUGUCAUAGGACACUAUGUUGCGUUUGAACAUCGACAUUUUGGUAUUUGUUCAUCAUUACAACAAAUUCCACAUUAAAGUUUUUUUUUGUUUGUUUUUAAAUCACAUGCUUGGAUGUCAUUCAGCCUUUAAUAGCAUCAAACGACAUUCCCAGCAUUUUUGUAUGGAAGUAUAAUUUCAUACGUCAAAUAUGAAAUUUUCACCAAACAUCGAUUCAUUAAUGGCUGAAAUUUUAGGUCCAAGCCAAAGGACCUCUAAGGUCAAUUGUGAUAUGAUCUGCUAUCUGUGUGGGUGUACACGUGGGCUAUUAAUAAACACUGAAAGGGGCACACACACAUACCAGUCUGCUAACGUUUACCCUUAAUGUGAUCCAAGCUGUUUUGUAUUCAUCUACAGUGGUGUACACAAACUCUGGAAGGUAAUCUCAUAUAAUAAUAUAUUACAUUCUUGCUGCU